AUGGCGUGCUUGGAUACGAGAGACAAAGUGUACAGCAGUGAAGACUUCGGAUGUCACCGGUACAUACUAUCGUUUGAGACCCUGAGGCUGAUCUGGUCUCAUCAGCAACUGGAACCUAUUCUCACAGCGAAUUGCUGGGAACCAGUGUCUGUGUGCAAAUUCAAAGGCUGGAGAGAGUACCACUAUUACAAGCCCAAAAUGUCGUCGUCCGAGGAAAGUGUAAUUCUAAGAAAGGUGAGACUGCCGGAACCGAUCGAAGAUGCACCGAAGAAGGAUAUUUUGAAGCUGGUCAGAAGAGUGAAUGAGAUGGCGAAGAAGAACAUUCUGUGCGCUUGGAUUCAUAGAGGCCCGAGGAUUGCGCCCCUCCUCAAGCCAGGAACUACUCCUCACAAGAAGAUGAGGAGCAAACCAAAACCUGGCAGUGGCAAGAGUAUGACCCACAACAGCUCUGACGUCGAAGAUUCUUACGGCGAAUGGCUGUCGGUUUCGGUCCACAGUUAUUUUGGUAUUGGCAAGCAUUCCAGAAUAUGCUGA